CCAUUUACACAAACUCCGCCUAUCGGCUUCCUGUUGCAGGCACAAAGCGUGCAACUGCUAGUUAAUACAUUUAUUUUUCAUUCACUGGGUAGUGUAAUAGGCCUUCGGCAUAAUUAAAAUUUUUUAUGCCCAAAUACAGCGCUUGUGAUGUUUGGAGGAAAGGGCGUAUUUUAAUUAUGCCUCUAUUGUGGGUAUUGGGGUUUGGGAAGCUCACAAGAAGAGGAGGGUUUAUCAGGCUUGUUUCAAAUCCUUUGGAGGUCGAUCAUUUCGUUUGUCGUACUCUCUGCAAAUAGAAACCUAAAAUCAGUGUUGAGAGAUUGAAAUCUUGACCAGGACUUGGAGAGGAUUUGGAAUAUAUUUGGAAUAAGCAGUAAGGAAAUUUUUGCGUCCAGAAUAGAGGGAAGGGAAGGGCAGAUUCAUAGCGACGUUGUUGGUCUUGCCAGGGCCGUAGAAACCUAUUCCUUCUGCUCCACAUGGUCAACGAUUGAAGCCAAAGUUCCAUUAAGGGGUGCUGCCAACCAGUCACCAUUUGUUCAAAACCAUACUAGAUGAAGGAUAAAAGAUAGUAGCCGGAAGAAAACAAUCGGGAAGAGGUACAUAUUGCAGGUGUUGGGGAUUGUCAUUUGGCUGGUGUUGCUAGUUUGCCUGAUCCAUGCCCUCUGCCCUCAGCAGCAAAGAAAAAGGGACUGCGUGAAAAAGAGAAACUCUUUUAUGCACCAAUGUCAGAUCUUGGUGAUCUCCUGUACGAUAAGGAUGCUGUUUACAUAAACAUUAAUGAUCACAUGGUUCAAUUUUCCAAACAAGAGGAUGAUAAUGAAGCAACCGAAGAAAAACAAGGAAAUGCUCCUGAUGUGGGUGAAGUCCUUGUAAAAACACUUCAGAAUACAAAGUAUUCUAUCAAUGAAAAGCUGGAGCAGAGCUUUAUACAACUUUUUCGAGGAAAUCCAAGAAAAGGUGCUAAUCAUACAGAUGAGGGAGAACAGUGCAGCAGUGAAGAAGAGAAUAGUGAUAAAGAAAUAGAAAAUGAUGAUGAUGAUACAGGGAGAAGCAAUGAACUUAACCAUUCCCCAGACAAAGAAUUGUCAAAUGGAAAUGAUAGACAUGCCAUUAUCAGCGCCAAUCUUCCAGAAGAGAAGGUCACAGACAUGUCUGAUAGUGAGGGGGAGCCGCAUCUAAAAUGUAAUAUGAGAGAGGUAUCAGAAUUUCAAAAUGGAAGAAUGAGGAGAAAAGCGAUCUUUCUUGAAGAUGAGAAGGAGAGCAAUCCAAAGGAUUCUUCUGGGAGUGACAGUGAAGAUGGCUCACAAAGUGAGAAGAAUAUUUCUCCAAGUGACGAAUACAACAGUGAAGAUGAAGAACAGGAGAACUGCAUUGCAACUAGAAUAAGCAGAAUGCCUGAUUCUGAAAGAGGGCAGGGUGGAGCAUCAGAUAGAUGUGAAGGAUUAUCAGAAGAUGAAGAUAUAGAUGAUACAAGUUUGAUGGGUGAUGCUUCAAAAUGGAAAGAAAAUUUGAUUUCUCAAUCAUUUUUGAAGAAGAAAAUAAAUCUGAUGGACCUUGUGUAUGGUCAAUCUGCAUCAAUUCCCACUCCAAAGUCCUUUCAAGGACUUACAGAAGAUAGUGACAGUGAUGGUAGUGAUGAGGAGGAAGUGUUCAAGCUAAAACGGAAUUCUGAAAAGAAAAAACAUGAUAUGCAUCUCAAUGUUGAAGAUCCAAAUGCUGAUGACUGCACUAAGUCACAGGUAGACGAUUCACAGCUAAGUGAUUGGUUAAAUCAGGAUGUCAUUGAAAGCAUUCGCGACCGCUUUGUUACUGGUGACUGGUCAAAGGCUGCUCGCCGAGGUGAAGAAAUGGGUGGGAGUGAUGAGGAUGAUGAUUCUGCCUUUGGAGAUUUUGAAGAUCUGGAGACAGGAGAGAAGUACGGAGGAGAUGAUGCUAAUGAUAAUUUGGAGGACAGUAAAAAAUUGAAGUCUGCAGAAGAACAACGAAGACUGAAAAAGCUUGCACUUCGUGCCAAAUUUGAUUCUCAAUAUCCUUUUUGUUUUCCGUAGUCAUACAAUGGCUAUAUUCUUAAAGAUUUUUAGUUUCCAUAGUUCAUAAUAUUGAGAAACAAAGUUUUUGGAAAGCAGUGUGUAUCUAAUCUCCAUCAAGAUCCAUCCUCAGGAUGAUGCAGGAUUACAAGUCUAGAGUUCCCCUUGUAUAGGUGACUACAAGAGUUGGGAAAAUCCAUUUCUAAAGAGUUAACGGUGAUUAGGGACACAUCCAGCUUGGGCACAAUAAAUAUGAGUGGAAAAAGCUAAAUGACCACCUAAUUCAAGAAAGUUCGGAGACAAAUACACUGAAUGUGAGCAUUAGUUUUAAAUAUUAAACCCAAAAGAUUAUUAAUUAAGCAUAAAGUUAAUUUUUUUAAAUGAUUAA